CAUAGUGAGAGGGUGGAGACGAACGAGCGGCUAAUUUAGAUCAUCUAGACGUCUAUGAGAAGUUAAAUAGUGGUCUGAAAAGGUAGCAAGCAAUGAUGAUAUGUGGCGGACCCGAGUGAGAUUCGUUACAGUUGGUCCACCGUCCGUCGAUCGCGGUCGUCGUCCCUUUCGACGAGUUAAUCAAUAGUUCGGACCGGCCUUAACAGUCAUAGUCGACCUCCGCGGGAAUACCUACAUGAGACAGCUGGAGCUGGACGACGCAGUUCGCAAAACGAUGCAUGUCGCUCGUGUCCUUUACGGACUUGACUUUGACCCCGUCGGCGCUCAGAUGCAGAGAUGCGGCUCAACUGUCGGCGACGACGCGAGGCAUGAGGAGAAGCGUCAGCUGGCUGCGGGUGGUACUUGUCAUACUAGGCUAGACACUGACACGUAAUGUUGAUAUUUUGUUUUUGUGUCUGUACAGAAAUAACACACAGGGAUACUAUAGCACUACAAUCUAGACGUAGAGAUUGUUGAUAUGAGCACUUGAAACCUAGGGAUUGUUGUUAAGUACAUUUAGAUUUUUUAGAUAAUUUGUCUCCCAUUUAUUUUGGCUUCCGCAAUCCAACUUAUUCUAUCCACAGCAAAUUGAACAACAGCUACAGCCUCCUCUUGCUCUUUUAUUUUCGGUGGUCGAGUCUAA